CAAAUAAACGUCGUGUGUAUGACUGCUCUGAUUGGGUGCGGUGACGUCGGAGUGUUGAAACCCCGAGUGACCCGGGCACUCCGAGGGGUUGUGGGUGGCCGCCUCUCAAAGCCUGAUGGUCCUGCGGCAUUUAUUUUGCUCUCGAAAAGUCAACUCAUCCCUAGGUACAAAAACAACAAUCGACAAUUUUUAAAACAAAGUACGACUAUUGGUAACAAGACAAACAAGCCCGGCCAGUCGCCCCGGGGUGUAUUUGAGGGAAGGACGUGGUCCCGCGAGGCACACUUACUGUCCUGUCUCGCCGGAGGAAGGUCGUCCGUAGCGGUGGUGUCGUCCCGAUCCCGCCGUGAUCUACUGUCAGCUGCACCGCCUUCACUCACCGCCCUCUCUGAACUUGUCACCGCCAUGGCCGCCCUCGGGAGCCUCUACACACGGUACGGUGACCCUUACGGCUUCAGACCCGGCCCGACCUACUUCUUCACCUCGGCGUCGGCAGCCGACUCGUCCCCCUACCCCAUGGGGACGUCCCCCUACCCUCACGGGCUGUACGGGGACGUGGAGAGACCGGAGAGGCACCAGAAGCCGCCCUACUCCUACAUCGCACUGAUCGCCAUGGCCAUCCGCUCCAGCCCGGACCAGAAGAUCACUCUGAACGGCAUCUACCAGUGGAUCAUGGACCGGUUCCCGUACUAUCACGACAACAAACAGGGCUGGCAGAACUCCAUCCGACACAACCUGUCUCUGAACGACUGUUUCGUCAAGGUGCCCCGGGAGAAAGGCAAACCCGGGAAGGGCAACUAUUGGACUCUGAACCAGGACUGUGAAGAGAUGUUUGAAAACGGAAACUACAGGAGAAGGAAGAGGAAACCAAAGACGCCUUACAAACCAGCUGAGGGUCCUGACACCAAAGACGACGUAUCGGAGUCCUCAGCUAAACGGUCCGCAGACGACAACGCGACAAACCCCGAGGUGACAGGAGACGGGGAGGACCAGGGCGGAGUCCUGGCUGACUCCACACGUACAAACGAUAAUGAUUCCUCAACAGAAGCUGACGAUGACCGUGUUUCGGCCUCCCCACCCUGGUCCGGUCUGUCGGAAACCGAGAGAAAGUCGUCUUCCGCUCAGAGAACGUCUGUAGACCUCAGAGCCAAGACAACAUCGUCCCGACAGGCCAGCCCGGCGCCGGCAGAACCUGGACUCUUCAGUAUAGAGAGACUGUUAGCUCCCGACAACAGGACCAAACCGACGCCGGUCAGCAGAUAUCAUUUGUCCGGAGAACGACUCAACCCCAGCCCGAGAACCUCACCAGCAAGCCUCGGUACGACUACCGGGUCUGCUGUGAACAUCCUCCGGAGUAACAUCGUCCUGCACGCCGCCAGGACACCGACUCGUCUGAUGAACUCUCCUCGGCAGAUCCCCGCCAUUCCUCCGCCGGCUCUAGCUCCCAUCCCCGGUAUGACCCCGUCCCAUUCCACCACACCUCUGUACCCCACAUUCCCUCCCCUCCGUUACCCCCACCUCCCCUCCCAUCCGUACCCUGCCCUCCCCCUCCCCGGUUUCCCCGUCCCCCUCUCGUCUUGGACACUCACAGAAGCUGACGUCAAGACCAAGAAGACGGUUCUAGUCGGGUACUAAAUCCUGCAGUUCCGUUUUGUAUUGUAUAUGUAUAACGUUAUUCCAUAUCCUACCUAUUGUUUAAAUUUUGAUAGAAGGCAACGUCGUCCUAUUUUGGUCAGAAAGGACUAUGUUUAGACAGCAAUAUUUAUAGAACAAACUCGAUGUGACAAAGUGGUUAUUUCAACACGACUUAGUGGACUAGACUGUUCCAAAGGUGCGGUUGUUGGAAGGCGGUCCGAUUAUUAUGUUUCUCCACCUUAAGGUAUGGAGAGCAGUUGUCUUAGGAUGCAAUCCUUGCGCUAAAGCAACUCCACGGGAUUAGAAAGUGUGGCGGACUCUUUUGCCAUAAUAUUUUCAGUACUUUCGUCUAUGUGUGGGGUCAGAGCAGGGCAGCCAAAACUUGAUUGACGUGUAGAAAAUUUGCUGAGAAGUGUACCAGGAUUUAUCUUCAAUAUUUCUGGCUCGGU